AAACAAAACAGCUCUCUCUCUCUCUCUAUCUGUAUCUGUGUAAUGUUUUUGUCAUUUUGCACUUCUUCCCUCAGUUUUACAAGGAGAAAACCUCCAUCGCCCCCCAAAAACCCAGGGGCCUUCCACGUUUCUUUUGUUUUUCUCCUCACGCAUGCAAAAAAUCCAACCUUUUUCUUUAUAUAAUUCGCCUUCCCCCUUCAUCUCCUCCCUCCCCACAAUAACAUUCUCUAACCCAAACAGAUAAAGAAAGAAAGAGAGAUUGGCCGAAAAUGCGGAUGAGCUGUAAUGGAUGUAGAGUUCUGAGGAAAGGGUGCAGUGAAAAUUGUAGCAUAAGACCGUGUUUGGCUUGGAUCAAAUCCCCCGACGCUCAGGCCAACGCUACUGUCUUUCUCGCCAAGUUCUACGGCCGUGCCGGUCUCAUGAACCUCAUCAACGCCGGUCCCGACCACCUUCGCCCUGCUAUUUUCCGGUCGUUAUUGCACGAAGCGUGUGGGAGGAUCGUGAAUCCGAUCUACGGUUCGGUGGGUUUGCUUUGGUCGGGAAGUUGGCAUCUUUGCCAAGCCGCCGUGGAAGCUGUCCUUAAAGGUGAGCCGAUCACGCCUAUCGCCACCGACGCGGCGGCCGACGGUCAGGGUCCACCGCUCAAGAUCUACGACAUCCGCCACGUGUCCAAGGACGAGAACUCCGCCUCUGCCUCCGCCGACCGGAAGCGCCCCAAGACCCGCCGGACCCGCCGGUCCUCCGCCGCGAAGCCGGUGGAUCCGCCGGAACCGAAGUGCGUUGGCGGGGACGAGGCGAGCCACGAGUCGUCGCUGAGCCACCAGUCGGAGGUUGUGGCGGGGGGGGGGGGUCACGACGGAGGGGAGAGCAAGGAGACGGAGAGCGAGACGACGGCGGAGGCGACGGUGACGGAGUGCGGGGAGAUAGAGCUGGAGCUGACGCUGGGGAUGGAGCCGGUGUCACGUGCGUAUCACGUGGUACCGAUGAAGAAGAGGAGGGUGGGUGUGUUUGGCACGUGUCAAGAUGACAGCACGUGUAAGACUGAGCUGGUGCUUUGAAGGAAAGAUUAUACAUAUAUACAUGUCUAUCUAUGUAUGUACAAUAGGAGUUUUGGUUCGUGUCGGCUCACAGCUCGGCUCUGUUCAGCUUUCGAAGCCGAGCCGUUAACAAUUCCGUUUACCCUUAA